AUAGUGCGGAGGCUGCUCUCUGUUUUCACUCAGGACAAAAUGAAACAAUCAGAGUGAGAGACCCGAGGGAACAAAGACUUUCUGCAUCUUAAUAUCUGAACACGCUUUUCAUAACUUAUAUGGAUCUGUUUACGCUCUGCAUCAUGCACUGACACAGAGACACACACUGAUAGACAAACCAGGUGGAAGGUGUUUUUGUGGUGCUGUGUCUUUACAACAUGUUUACUCUUCAGCUUUUUUCCUUCCUCUUCUCCAAAACCCAGGAGGAACCCACAAAGAAGUUUAAGGUGGACAGCUUCCUGCACACAAUGUGUCUCCAUGACGACCAGCUAAGAGACAUCUCGGCCCGUUUCCAGGCUGAGAUGAAGAAGGGGCUUUCAGCAGAGAGCAACGCAGCUGCCGCCAUAAAGAUGCUGCCGACACAUGUCCGCUCCACUCCUGAUGGAUCAGAAAGAGGACAGUUUCUGGUGCUGGAUCUCGGAGGCUCCGAGUUUAAAGUGCUCCGAGUUAAUGUGAGAGAGGGAAUGGGGAUCAGGAGAGGAGGAGUGGAGAUGGAGGAGAGGAGUUACCCAAUACCACAGGAGCUGCUUGUGGGGAGAGGAGCAGAGUUACUGGAUCAUGUGUCAGAGUCUCUAAAAGACUUCCUACAUGAGAAGAACAUCAGUUUGGAGAUGAAACAUCCUCUGGCCUUCACUUUCUCUUUCCCCUGCGAACUGUCCAGCCUCGAUCAGGUGACCGAUCAGGGAUCUUUGUUAAGCUGGAGUAAGAACUUCCGGGCUCGGGGCCUUCAGGGGAAGGACGUGGUCCAGGCCCUCAGAGACGCCAUUGGCAGGACUGGGGGGAUGAAUACAGAGGUGUUAGCUAUGGUGAACGACACCGUAGCCACCAUGAUGACCUGUGGUUUUGAAGACAAGUACUGUGAAGUAGGACUCAUCAUUGGUACAGGCACCAAUGCGUGCUACAUGGAGGAGCUGCGUCACAUUGACCUGGUGGAGGGAGACGAGGGCAGGAUGUGUGUGAACACUGAGUGGGGGGCGUUCGGGGACGACGGGGCUCUGAGCGAUUACGUCACUGAGUUUGACAGAGAGGUGGACGCAGCCUCCAACAACCCUGGGAAACAGAUCUUUGAGAAGAUGGUGAGUGGGAUGUAUCUGGGUGAGUUGGUGAGGCUGGUUGUGUUAAAGAUGGCUACACUGGGACUGCUGUUUGCUGGACAUGUGUCCAACACUCUGAGGACCAAAGGAAAAGUGACUAUUGCACACGUGGCAGCCAUGGAGGAGUAUAAACAUGGUGUGGAGAACACCAGACUCAUCCUCACGGACCUGGACUUGACCCCUUCACUCGACGACUGCAUCGCUGUUCAACAUGUCAGCACCAUCGUGUCCUUCAGGUCCUCAAACCUGGUGGCUGCAGGACUGGCUGCCAUCUUGACUCGAAUCAAGCAAAACCGGAAAUUGAGGACGUUCAGGAUCACUGUGGGUGUGGACGGAACAUUGUACAAGACCCACCCACAGUAUCCCAAACGUCUUCAUAAAGUGGUGCAGCGGCUGCUUCCUGAGUACCAGGUCAGAUUUGUCCUGUCAGACAGUGGCAGCAGUAAAGGAGCUGCUCUGGUAACAGCAGUCGCUCAACGCCUGGCGUCGCAGAAGAGAAAGGUGGAUGAGACACUGUCUCUCUUCAGGCUGAGCUCCGAGCAGCUCCAGCUGGUGAAGGCCAGGAUGAGGGCGGGGCUGGAGGCAGGGCUCAGGGGAGAAGGCCCCUCUGAAAUCAAGAUGCUGCCUUCCUUUGUGUCCCGCCCACCCGAUGGCACAGAGCAUGGGAAAUAUCUCGCCCUGGAUCUGGGAGGCACCAACUUCAAAGUGAUGCUGGUGAACUUUAAAAAAGGUCUGCAACCGAGCUCUCAGGUCUACCACAAGAUUUAUACCAUACCACUGGAGAAGAUGCAGGGAACUGGAGAGGAGUUGUUUGAUCAUCUUGCGGAGUGUGUCAGUGACUUCCUGGACUACAUGGGGAUAAAAAACGCUCGUCUUCCUGCGGGCUUCACCUUCUCUUUCCCCUGCGAGCAGACGGCCAUUGACGCGGGCACACUGGUGAGCUGGACCAAAGGCUUCAAGGCCACAGACUGUGAAGGACACGAUGUUGUGGACAUGCUGCGGGACGCCAUCAAGAGACGCAACGAGUUUGAGUUGGACAUAGCAGCUGUAGCCAACGACACCGUCGCGACCAUGAUGAGCUGCGCCUAUGAAGAGCCUCAGUGUGAAAUUGGACUGAUUGCUGGGAAUGGCACUAAUGUUUGUUACAUGGAGGAACUGAAGAACAUCAAGACGACUGAACAAAAGAAAAGACAAAUGCAGGACGAUGGGUCGGAUGGAGAGAGAAAGGCGGGGGAUGCAAGGAUACAGACGAUGUGUAUAAACACAGAGUGGGGAGGUCUGGGUGAUCACGGCUCUCUGGAUGAGCUCAUCACACCUUACGACGCUGAGGUCGACCUGAACUCGCUUAACCCUGGAAAUCAAAGGUUUGAAAAACUGGCCGGUGGGAUGUAUCUGGGUGAAGUUGUCCGUCAGACAUUACUGGAUUUAACCAGCCGAGGUUUGUUGUUCAGAGGAAACGUCACCGACGCUUUAAAAACACCUGGAAUAUUCCAAACCAAAUACCUGUCACAAAUAGAGAGUGAUCGUAUGGCUCUACUGCAGGUCAGAUCUAUUCUCCAGGGCAUCAGGCUCGACAGCACCUGUGACGACAGCAUCAUCAUAAAAGAGGUGUGUGGAGCAGUGUCUCGUCGAGCAGCUCAGCUGUGCGGGGCAGGAAUGGCGGCCCUUGUGGAGAAGAUCAGGGAGAACCGAGGACUGGACCAUCUCAACAUCACCGUAGGGGUGGCUGGGACACUCUACAAACUACACCCACAUUUCUCUGAAGUCCUCCAGGAGACGGCCAGAGUUUUGGCUCCACAGUGUCACGUGACUUUUGUCCAAUCUGAGGAAGGCCGAGGGAAGGGUGCGGCCCUCAUCACCGCUGUGACCAGACAGAAGGAGGAGAUGUGACUUGACAUGACUUGCUCCUUUUUGUUUUGCUCUUUUGUCUCUUGCUAUUUGAAUUGUGUGAAUGUGAAUGUGGGAGAACUUCAGAAUGUCAUAUGUUGGAUUCACCAGCCACCACUUUAGACCCGACAGCCAGGGAUUAAAUCAUUGUCUCUGCUAAUGUUUAGUGAACCAGAUUCCAAUUGAUGGAUUUCAACAAAAUCACAAUAAAGCUUGUAAACCUGCUUCUAUAUGUUUAAAGACAAGAUUUGUCCCUUUAGAAAGUCCUCCCCUUGUUAUUGGCUCUGUAUUUAAGAUGCGCCACACACAAUGUGUGACUGACAUAACAAAUAAACAUGACACUUCCUUUUA